ACGUGCAAAAAUAUUAGUAAAAAGGGAUCCCAUCUUUAAAGGCACUCAAAAUUAUUCGUAGACUCCUGAAAUGUCGAAAUCUUGAACAGGCCUGUUUGUGAUCGGCGGAGCAGCAGAGACCUCUAGGUUUAGUGACGUAGGUUCCUGUGACGCGCAGAAAUUUUAAACUCUCGUCCUUCUCAGUGAUGGCGGCUUCGCUUCGUUCUCUCCCUGUAAGCUGUAAUAACAAAUGGUAUUAUACCCGACAACAAAUCGAAAGCAGUCCAUCUCGGCGAGCUGGGCUUGAUCCAGACAAGGAGCUGUCCUACAGACAACAGGCGGCAAACCUCCUUCAGGACAUGGGACAGCGGCUCAAUGUAUCUCAACUAACAAUUAACACUGCCAUUGUGUACAUGCACCGGUUCUACAUGAUCCAGUCAUUCACAAGAUUUCACAGAAAUGUUAUUUCUCCCGCCGCUCUAUUCCUUGCUGCUAAAGUUGAGGAGCAGCCCCGAAAGUUAGAACACGUCAUAAAGGUGGCACAUGCAUGCCUCAAUCCUCAAGACCCUCCGCCAGAUGUGCGCAGUGAUACUUACCUGCAACAAGCCCAAGACCUGGUCAUUCUUGAGAGCAUAAUUCUCCAGACCCUGGCCUUUGAAAUCACAAUUGAUCAUCCUCACACUCAUGUUGUCAAGUGCACUCAGCUCGUCAGAGCCAGUAAGGAUUUGGCACAAACAUCAUAUUUUAUGGCCACCAACAGUCUGCAUUUGACCACGUUCUGCCUGCAGUAUAGUCCACCUGUAGUGGCCUGCGUGUGCAUCCAUCUUGCCUGCAAGUGGUCAAACUGGGAAAUUCCUGUAUCUACAGAUGGCAAACACUGGUGGGAGUAUGUUGACGCCACAGUUACCCUCGAGUUGUUAGAUGAACUCACACAUGAGUUCCUGCAGAUCUUGGAGAAAACUCCCAGUCGUCUUAAACGAAUUCGAAACUGGAAGGCUGGAGGUCAGACACCAAAAGCCAAACCAAAAGUCCAGGAGGAGGGUGACCAGAGGGAUACUAUGAUCAGCAUGAUCUCCAUGGCCUCGUCAGAGAGUACUGUUGCAGGCCUGAUGAGUCUAUCAGCUCCACCAUCUGCCUCCUCCUCCUCCUCUUCAUCUGUGGGUGAAAAGGACAGGAGUACACCUGGUAGUGCUCCGACUUGGAGUGGAAAAGGACAGGCUGGAGCUGAGCAGCAGCAACCCAACAAUGAGGUCCAUGCCCCAGCCAAGGUAUCAUUAAGUGAGUACCGUGCCAAGAAUGCUGAUGUCCUGGCUGCUCAGAAAAGGAAGCUUGAAAACAUGGAAGCCAGCGUAAAGAGAGAAUAUGCCAACGCAGCGCAGGCAUUAAUUGGUCAGCAGCAGAGGAAAGAGAAGCAGCAUCAUCACCAGCAGUCCGGUUCCUCCUCCUCAGACAUGUCCAACCCCUCACCCAUUAUUCUUAAAAUUCCCUUAGAAAAGGAGAGGCCUAUUAAAGUGCGAUUUCCUGUCGCUGGAGGAGGAAGCAGUGGAAGCAGUAGUGGACACAGUGGCAGUGCCCGAAGUCAGGAUCCUGAUAUCAAAGUCAGAAUACGAGUGCCUGAAAAACAGAGGGGGAAUUCCGUAGAGGAGAGUAAGAGUAGGGAUAAGCAUCGGGAACGAUCUAACCAUCAUCACCAUCACCACCACCACCAUCACCAUUCCUCCUCUAGCGGUGCCUCUCUUUCGUCUUCACACAAACAUUCCUCUAGUUCAAGUGGGGCUCUAGCGACCUCCAAAAAAGUUUCAAGUGAGUCCUCUAGGACGGUCAUUUCAUCAUCCUCAAUUUCCCGAAAGAGGACACACUCCCAAGAUCCCACACCAGGGUCACACUCAGUAUCCAAAGUCAGCAAGUCGUCUCGGAAUCCCUACCAACUACCGUCCUUGUCUUCUUCGUCUGGGCAAACACUGCCACAUGGUUCUGAUCUUCUCCCUACUUUGGGCCUUUCCCACCAUCAAGGGACCUAUUCACACUCCAAAAAUGACAAGACAGACACUAAUGGGCACAGUGCAGCUGGUGGGACCCAAUCAAAUGAAUACCAGGACACUUUUGAAAUGUUAAACUCUCUUUUAAGUGCACAGGGGGUCCAGCCAUCCCAGCCGUCCAUGUUUGAAUAUAGAUCUCAAUAUGGGGACUAUCGGUACUCUGGUGGCUCAAGGGGGAGCAACUCCAGGCCCCCACCUCUCCCAACAGAACCACCUCCUCCGCUUCCACCCUUACCUAAAUGAUUCCCAUGAGCAGGAGAUGAGAAUACGUAAAUCAUACUUGACAUAACAAACAUCCACCUUGUUACAUAAAGUAUUGUAUUACAAUGGAAUUUUUGUAGGCUUCAGGGGGAUAGCAAAAAAAAGUACUGGUGCAAUUAGUUUUUUCUUUUUAAAGACCUAGUGGGGCAAUUAUGAGGUUAAAAUUUUCAAAAUGUGAAGGAGAAAAAAGGAAAUUGUAGAUAAGUGUAGAUAACCUCUUUGUCAUUAUUGUUCCAUUGAAAUGAAAGGCUAUCAUGAUAAUAUAUAGAAAUAUAGAGAGUUUGAUCAAGAAAAAUUCAUUGUCCUCAAAUGGUAAUGAAAUUUAAACUCUGCUCAUACACCUUUUAUGCCCUCUUACCAACUGUCCUUUUAUAAUGAUUUUAUAGCAUUUUUAUUUAUUGACUGCUUUUAAAGGCAACAUUAUUACAUUAUUCUUUCUACAUUUUUUUUAGAGUUCCCCUCUGUUCUGUUGGGGUAAAGCAAAACAUCAUCAUCAAGACUGUACAGGCUCCUUUGAGAGUGCAUGUCUCCAAAAGCCAUCUUUACAUUUGUACAUUUUUUUUUGGAGGGGCUCUCUCUUUUUACGGAAAAAAAAGAAAGAAUCUGAAUUUAUUAAAAAACACCACACCCAGUCCAAUUUGUUUAAUUAUCUCUUUAUCUUGUACAAAUAUUGUAAAUCAUUCAAAACAAAAUAUUUUGUUUACAUUUGUCAUGGGAGUGAAAUGGGGGGAUGGGGGAGCAGUACAGAUUUGCUUCUUUUUUUUUUUCAGGCUUUGAGUGUUGCAGUCAUUGUUUUAAAUGGUUGUAAAGUAUUCAUGUUCAGGUGUCUGGUAAAUACACUAAAUUCAUACCAAGGAAAAACAUCUAUCUGUACAAUAUAUAAUUAAAUGCGUCCAAUAUGGUCAUGAGGAAACACUUCCCCGUUAAAAAAAAAAAAAAGAAUGAAAAUUGUUUUUAUUUUUAAAAAAAGUUGAUUUUUGGGUUUGUUUUCUCUAUAGUGUCAUUUUAAAUGACCAGGGAAAAUGUGGGGAAAUAAAUUGGAUACAAAGGAGCAUUAACAAUACACAAUAUAAAUACAUAUAUAUUAUUUCCCGUUUUUUCAGUUUGGGAAAGAUAUCGCAGAGGUACAAUUUCUCUAGUGAAUAUGGCUUAAGUUUUCCCUUUCUUUUUUUUGGUUUAAACCCUCAAAGUUGUCAGAUAUUUAUCUUAAGAUGUUUAUAGUCCAUCCACAAAUUACUUGUAUCUCUUUGCAUGUUUUCUGUAAUAUUAUGAAAUCAUAGAUGCAAACAAGCUAUUGAUAUACCUCCAUUUCAGGAUCCUCAGCAUGAAGUCCAAUAAUGAAUGUUAAAAUUUCACGUUUGAGCAAAUUUGCAGAAUGGAUUCUAUUGAUGGCAAGAAAUUGGGUGUAUUGUACAUUUCAUUCAUUUUAAGUUUUAUAUGAGUUUGAUUUUGUACUAUUAUUGUUCUUAAUUUGCUUUUCUUUAAUUUGGUCUAAAACAUAUUAGGCAGUUUACAGUAAUGCAGUGCAACAAAUCAGCCAUAAAAUUGUGAAAUAUUUUUAUUUUUAUUCCCUUGAUUUUAAAAAAAGUAUGCUGGAUAAGAAAUGCCCUAUGCUCAGGCAGCAGAGGUUUUUAGUUCAACUCUUUAUUGUAACAGGGAAAUGUUGAAUGCACUGAAUAUUUAUCUUAGAUUUGCUUACGGCGCAGUUUAAAAAGUGUUACAUUUAUAAUGGUUAAACUAGAAUAGGUUUCCAAUAUAUCAUUGAUACUUUUACAACACAUUAUUUGAAAUGGGCAAAUAUUUCAAUUCAAGUGUUAACAUGCUGUGAGAAGGUAAAUAAAAGUACACAUUUCAUGUUAAAACCAUAUGUGAUAAAGGACGACACUCAUGCAACCUAACAAUGCAAAAAUCACAGCUAUGAUCGUAAGUUAAAUUUUUCUUCAUGUAAAGGUGUUUUUAUAGACACUCAGGUCUGGAAAUAAAUCGUUUGGGUUUUUGUUUUUUCAAGUUACAUGUGAGCACUGUUCUUUUUGAUAUUAUGUGGUUGCUUUAUUCUGAAAGUCAAUAAAUAUUUUAAGAAAAUUUGGCCAUUUUUCCUCUUCCAUUUUACGGGCGUAUCAGAUUGCGGACACUUUGAUAAGCAGUUACU